CUUUGUUCGACUCUCCUUAUAUAAGCCCAUCCUGCUAUCUUCAGUACUAUUCUCCAACAACCUGCAUUGUUCGCGAUGAGCUCAAGCAGUCACGUCCCAGUCCCACCACCGUCGUAUCGAGCUUCCGGGACAUCGAAACCACUCUCCAUCCCCUCUGAUGCGAAUGAACCAUUACUUGGUCAGCGCUCUGGAGGCAUCUAUGAUCAACCGGAGGCUGGCGACCUCCCAGAUGAUUUCAAGUAUGGUGUAACUGUCGCCGACAGCGUUGCGGAAGUGAGAGCCGCCUUUAUUCGCAAGGUGUACACAGUUCUCUUCUUCCAAAUCCUUGCGACGACUCUUGUAGCUGGUGGCUUGUCCCAGUCCUUUGAUGCAGUCGUCUGGGUCACAACACACCCAUGGUCUUUCUAUGUCCCGCUCUUCGGCACACUGGUUAAUAUCGGCCUCUUGUACUGGAAGCGCCACAGCCACCCUCUCAAUUUCAUCUUGCUGGGUACAUUCACCUUAUUGGAGGCGUUCACCCUUGGUAUCGCUACUGCGUUCAUCGACAACGUCGUCGUGCUGCAAGCUCUGUUGAUCACACUUGGGGUUUUCCUCGGACUGACCCUGUUCACGCUCCAGACCAAGUAUGACUUCUCCGGCCUCGGACCGUGGCUGUUCGGCGGUCUCAUUGCUUUGCUUAUGACUGGCAUUGUCGGCAUUUUUAUUCCGUUUAGUCGGACCCUCGAUCUUGUGUACGCCGUCCUCGGGUGCCUCAUUUUCAGCGGCUAUAUCGUAUAUGAUACGUACUUGAUCACGAAACGCUUCUCGCCAGACGAGUACAUUAUCGGUGCCCUCAGUUUGUACCUUGACUUCAUCAACCUGUUCCUCAACAUCUUACGCCUCCUGAGUGAUCUCCAGGAUCGUUGAAAUCUACGUUUCCGCAGCGAUGAACGUUUGAUGACUAACAAAGGAACUGAAGAAUGUCUAUGGGGUGUGCUGCUGACUUGAGAACUUUCCUAAUGUGUUCUUCGUCGUCCUUUUCCUGCUUUGUCACAACUUAACAUCAAUUCUGAUACUUAUACUAGCUAGUUCUUAUGUCUGUCGUAUGUAUGUGUACGUUGAUACAUUGCCUUAACUUUGAGAAUAAGUUUCUUACAGCUUGGAGUGCCACAGAGGCUGGCAAUGAAAUAG